CGUGUGAGGAUAGAGCGAUUUUAUAUAACUCUAUGCGUGCGAGGGACCAAGUGUUCUCCAUAGGAGCCAAUCAGAAUUUAGGCAAAUCAAGCGCCUUUCUCCGGUCCCACUGAGACCAACAUAGAAGUAAACACUGGGAACGUUUGACAAUUAUACGAAAUCCAUCAAUCAAGCAACGCAAAGGCCACUUUGUACUGGUACAACAGCUGAUCUGUGGCUUUUAUUUUCAAGAAGAGAAACAUGCCGAAAAAAAGCACCGUAGUUGUAACUGGUUUUGGUCCCUUCUGGGAGCACAAAGUGAACGCCAGUUGGUCAGCGGUGCAGGAGUUGGACCGGCUAGGGUUGGAAGAUGAAGACGUGGAGCUCAUCACCUUUGAGAUUGCAGUGGAGUACGAGACAGCUAAGAAGUUGGUACCACAGCUCUGGAAAGAAUACGACCCUUGUCUUAUGGUGCAUGUGGGUGUGUCAGGCAUAGCAAAGGAGCUCACAUUGGAGCAGCAGGCACACAACACGGGCUACGACAAGCCCGAUGUCAGUUUCCUCGUUCCAAAGUCAAAAUGUUGUAUUAGAGAUGGUCCUGACUGUAUACUUAGCCAAAUCAACAUGUCCAUCGUCUCUGAUGAAGUCAACUCAAACAGCUGUCCCACCAAAGCAGUUGUGUCUUACAAUGCCGGAAAGUACCUGUGCGAUUUUGUCUACUACAUCUCCCUCUACCAGAACUGUGCCCAGACUGCCUUCAUCCACGUCCCGCCCUUGGGCAAGCCUUACUCCGCCCGCCAGCUGGGUGAAGGGUUACGAGCCGCCAUACGCAGCAUGCUCAAGCAGGUGCGGCAGACCAAAGGUGAAAUUUUGUGAUGUUGGCCGUCCAGUUUGCAGACUUGGUAUGUUUUAAUUUUAUUCAUCGUAGGGUUUUUGUCUUCUUGCUCUUCAGUGGCCGUAAAGCAAGCAGUUUGGUGAAAAUGUAUACCUCUAUUUUGUCCUGAAGAAAGUGUUUUGUAGAUAAUAAAACAGGAUGGUUAGACCUUUGUUUUUUACUCCUUUCAGCUUUUUAGUCACAUGUGCAUGUAAGUUUUUAAAAUCCUUUUGGGACCAGUAGCAUGACCCACUGUCAUAGUGGAGUCCAUUGUCAAUCCCGCUAAGUCCAUCACAAGUCAUCCGGUCCUAAGUCAAGUCGCAAGCUAUUGAAAUGAACUCGGACAAAAGCCUUCCUUUGUCAUUGUCCCUCCCGCUACUUGUGAUGGUCUUGUGACUGGUCUUUUGAAAGGACUUGUGACUGGUCUU